CAAGGCAAAAGAGAAAAAAAAGAGCAUAAAAUCUAAGUAUAUAUUUGUAAUAAAUCUGCACAAAAUCUGAUCCAGCGAUGCAAUAAUUAGUAAGAGAGCUUAAAAAUGGUUGAUGAAGAUCUCUGAUUUCUCACAAAUUUGCCGUUUCUUGCCAUCUUUUUGUUAAAGAAAAAGUGGGUUGGGAUUUGCAAAGCUAUUAAAAAGCUGUUCAUCAUAUCCUAUAAAUAUUUUUCUCUUUCUCUCUGAAUUUUCAGUUCAUAUUCAACAAAUUUUACACAGAAAAAAAAAUGAGUAGCAGUUAUUAUGGAGAAGCAAAUGAUCAAAGGGGAGGUUCAUCAUCAACUGCAUCAAGAAAAGGGAAGAAAAAUAGUUCAGAAAAUAAGCCAAAACAGCCUCAAAGAGGACUUGGUGUUGCUCAAUUGGAGAAAAUCAGAUUACAUGGACAAAUUGGUCCUUCAAUUCAUGCUCCUAAUUAUCCAUCUAAUUUCAAUCAGGAGGAUUUGAGAACACAGACAGCUUAUUCAUCAGUACCAUCUUCAGUUUCUUAUGGUUUUCAUCCUAAUAUUAUGAUGGGGAUAGGUCACGAUUUUGAAAGAACAAACAUAAGAUACGGAGAUUCUCAUUCUCAUUCACAACCUUCGAGUACUGCAGCAAGCUGGAACAUUCAUGGGAAUAGCUUCUUGCAACCUCAACAUUUUGGACAGCCUUCAGUCGCAAGACCUCUUCUACAUGUUGAGGACACAUUGCCUAAGAUGAAUAAAAAACAUAGGAGCAACUCGAUGGGUUCGAGCAGUCAAAACUCGGAAUCAAGCGACUCUCAAGAAUUAGAUUUGGAGCUCAGAUUGUCCAUUUAAGCACUCGAUCGCUUACAUCAAAUGCAGAUUUUUUUGCUUAGUUAUUACAUGAUACAAUGUGGGAAAUUUGCAAAACUGCAUACUUACUGGUUAAGAAAGGUGACGGUGAUGAUUAUGAACUAGUGUUAAAGUUUGUGUAAUGAAAAAAAAAAAUAUAGCAAGGUUGACUUUCUGCAUAAAACAUUAAAAUUUUCUUGUUAUUCAGGAAACUAUGAAAGAAAUGAGAAAGUCGUAGAUCUCACAAA